GGAGACAACCGGAAGUUUACAAACGUUGUAGCAGACCGGCGGCAUAUUUGACAGGGUAAAAAAAUCACGAACUAAGGAACAGAAUGAAGUUAAUUUUGAUGAGGCCUUAAGUCAUGUCCCAGACCACAUUUCUGGAAUCUGUCGUCGGCUGGAAUGAAGAGCAAUGCCAGCAGAACAUGGACGAGGCUCUACCAAAACUUAUCACCUACUGUCAUGAAGCCCAGAUGAUACAGGAACAAGUUGGAAUACUGAAAAUCAUUUGCCAGUCCUUCCUUCCCUGUGUUGAUGUUUUGGAAGCUGAGUGGCGAGUUUUCAGUCAGAUAGUUUUUAAGAUAUGUAACACAUUUGAUAAUAUUCUGGAGGCUGUAAAAGACUUGUUAGGACAAAACAAAGAGGAUUUGGUCACUGUCCAACAUGAUAUUCUCACUCACCUUCAGUUGCUUCUUGAAACUGUCGACUGCUGUGAAACCUGUGUAAAGUUUUCCCAGAAUUCCCAGGUAGCCCUAUCUUGGAGCCAUGUGCACACACUUCCUAUUGGAACUCUCCAUGUUCUGAAGGGUACAUACAGUCACUGCAAGGAAAGUACUGAUGUUUAUGGUGACUACCUCACUAGUGUGUCUGACCCACUGUCAUUGCUGUUUAGGAGGGCCCACAGUCUACAGGUGGUGUUCCUCAACCUUCUUGAUAAGAUAACCAUUGACACUAACUCCAUAGAAGAAGAUGCCAAGGACCUCUGUUAUGUGUGCCAUGGCUUGUUUGAAGUGUGUCAGAUUGUCACAGCGCUGGACAUGAAGCUGGUGGUGAACCUGUGGAAAGCUAUAUCUAGACAUGCUGGACAGAAAAAGGAGAUAUUGCGAGACAGACUGGAAAUGGACGGUCUCCUAACCUAUUUGUGUGGGGAGAUUAAGACAGGGUACACAUACUUAUUCCAACUCCUCCCUCGCACUGAUGCUGACGGAAUGGUGCUGUCCCAGGGGGAUGAACGUGGCUUCCAGAAAUCGGUGAAGAUUGUGGGGUUCCAGAUGAAGGUCCUAGUCAUGAUGACACGAGAUUAUGUCCAUAGUCUGUGUGAGGCUUCAAGUGCAAUCUAUAGGCUUAUCCUGCAUAUGUUCAGGUAUGUACGGCCAAAUCUGCAUGCGAUGCCACUCCAAGAGAACCACAGCCAGGAGAUCCACAGACACCUUAUCAAUGCUACAGAGCCACUGGUAGCCAGUAUGGUGUGUAAUCGUACUUUCAUGGAAAGUGUGACCCAAAAUACUCAAGCUUUGCAGGAGGAGGAAAAGUUUGCACACCUACAGGUGUUGAUGAAUGUGAUGGACCAUCUUCCUAAAACUACAGAGGAGAUGAAGGAUUGGAUCUUAACAAGUGGAGAGGGUAGUGACAGAGAUGAUCUUCUCACCUCGAUCUUCAAGGCAGCUCACCAAUGUUAUAUAGAGUUAUUAUUGCCAGUGUACAUGCCUACCUCUAUGUGUAGUGAACAACAAGGAUGUGUGAGUCUGUACGAGUAUCUGUGUACCCAUAUGUGUGGUCUGGCUGGGACAUACCCUGCUGGCAGAUUUCCUGAACUGGAACGUGUUCUGAUACAGUGGCUGUUGUCUAGAAGUCCUGUGUGUGCUCCUCUGGCUGCUGAUGUCUGGUGUUUCAUUGCCAGGUAUGGCAGUGCUGAUUUGUGUUACAGCCACAUCACAGUUCUCCUUCAGCUUUGUCAAACAAUCAAGGGAAAUAACUCUGAUUUGCACAUUAUUAUUUCCCUUAUGUGUAGGUUAUCCAAGUUUUUGUCUGCAGAACAUCAGAAUGCCCUUGUAAAACAAUUUCCACCUUGUGAUGACAUUGCCCUGUGGUGUAACCUCCCUGUGACUUUGUUACCCAGCGACAAGGUCAGGGAGAUUACAAUGAGUAUGGCAUCACUAUGUCUACAACACAUGGACAGCUUUAUCAACACUCCAGAUGUCACAUGUCAUCACACUGAUUUAUUGAUGUGUAGUUUGACCUACCUGAUCAAUGCGCAAUCAUGUCCUGAAGUAUGGGGGGAGUUCAUCCAGCCAAAGAUUCAGUCUGCUCUUGUGGAGCAUGUCCAGACAGUGUGGGAAAAUGUGUUUGUAUCGGACUGGAUGUCUAUUCCUCAGACCCAGAUCUGCCUUGGCAAGUUAUUGCAGUACUCAGGGCAAGUGGUAGACCAGUUCAACAACUCAGACCUUCUUAAGAUAUUUUCUGUGAUGAAAUCAUGCCUUGCACAAAACCCAUGUGACUGGCUUAAGUUCUCCAUAAUUGAUUUCCUGAAAAAGUUUGGAAAAGUCAAACUCGGAGCUGAUUUUGAGCAGAGUAAGGUCCUACAGAAGGUGUCAGCAGUAUUUGGAGGACUGAUGAUCGACUCCUUGUGUUCGGUUCAUCACUGGAGUGUUGAGGCAUUUACACACUUUGCAGAAGACACGGCCCACGAGACGGUGGUACCCGAUUGUAUGGCUCAGGACAACAGACUCCAGGAUUGUGUGGUAGCCUACCUUAACAAGAUGCCAUUUACUACCCAGAAUGGUAACCCUACCUCGGUAGAGUGUAUUCAGUGGUUGUGGAGGCGUGCGGAGAGACAUCAGACACUCGACACCAGUGAACCUUUACACAAGAAAGCCAGAACUAGAGCCCCAGAUGAUGUCUCAGUGAAGACCCCCAGCGUCAGUGUUUAUCAGGAAGUGUUGGACACACUAAGGAUCUGUGUACAGGAACUGGAACAGAUUUGUACAAACAACUCUGCGGACACAAAUAAAGAUUGUAUUACCUCCAGUACAGACAAGUGCCACAAUGCCCUUAAAACAGAUGUUGAUCAAUUCCAAGAUGGAGAGAAGUCUAGUGUCAACAACUCUCGGGACACUGUUACAUCCAGUGUGGACAAGUGUCGAGAGGGCAGGUCUAGAGUUGACCUAUCACCACAGCUUGUUGCACACUUACAGAAGGCACAACACAAAAUAACUUCCCUCAUAACUGAACAUGGCUAGAACUUAUAAAUUUGCAUAUGAUAUAUUUAAUUAUAAUAUCUUUUAACAACCACA